AUGCCGCGAUGGUUUUGCCUUGAGGGCCUCGCCCGGGUGCAGCUGCCAACGGGCCAUUUGUCGACGAGUGACAGCCAUGCACAUGCAGGCCGUGGCACCAAAGCGGCUGUCGAGCACCGAGUUGCAGCGGAAGAAGAGCGCCACGUCGAUUGCAUUUGCGAUAAGGGCCGGGCUACUGCUAUCGCCGGACGAGCGCGAAGGCGGCUCGCCUGGCGUGGUUUGAUCAGCGCGGGGCCUGUCGAUGGCGCCGCUGCACUGCGCUGCGCUGCGGUGUGUCUCUGCUCCGGACGUGGUCCAGUGCCGGCCCUCGCCUCAACGCACUGUCAUGACGUGACAUGGUGGUGGGUGGGUACCAAUGUGAAAAGCCAAUGCAGCCAGCGACACCUGAAGGGAGCACACAGACAGGCCCGCCGCGGAUAG